AAUUUAAUUUAACAGCAAUGAAAACAUUGUAUGUACAACGAAAAAUGAAAUUUAUAACAAAGAAAACUUAAUUACCUUAUUUUCAAUGUGUGUUGUGACCAUUCUAGUACCGGCUCUUGAUCUGGCUAAACCCUAAAACAAACAAAAAAAGAAACAAAUCAGACAAAACCUGCAAAUCAUUCAAAUUCCUUGUAUUAACUUUCAAACAAGGUUCUCUGAUAUUUAGAUCAUCCAUUAACAACUAUGAUUAAUGAAGCCUUGAAGCGAUAAAUUUAAGGUGCGAAAAUGGCAUAAACGUAAAGCACAGUGUUGCCAACUUCGAUUUUGAAAGAGACGUACAGACAUUUACCUAUUAACUUAAUUCUCCUGAUGAAUAAUCUAACCUUUUAAACAGUUGCAUGAUCUUUAUUAUGCGAUCUCAGUUACCAUUUAUCAUUUACGAAGGUGAUAACGAAACAUUUAUUAUUUGAGAACAUUAAAUUAAAGCAGUCUUAAAAAUGACAAUGCAGUGCAAGACAUUUACCUAGAUGGACUCCUGAAUUAUCUUAUCAAAUAGCGCAUUUUCUGUGGAAUGUAUUUAGAUGAAUUCACAUCUAUUCCUCUCUUCCACCAAAUGCUGGUCCUGUAGGUCAUUAUUUCGGACCACAACCAAUCUAGUUAUGGACAUUCAGCAGAACAAAGCUCUGACAAAUGAACAAAAUGUUACAAAUUGUGCUCAAUCAUCCAUACAAAGUGGGUUUACUACUGAUUCUAAUAUCAAUAGGAUAUAUCAUGUACGACACCAGGAAAGUAGGAGCCAUCAAUAUGCACCACGUAUUUUAAAUAAUUACUCAUCAUACAGGUAUACUUCAACACAACAGAGUAUUAGAUCUAUUUCUACCAGUCAACAGAGAGACAGGGAUAGAAAUAACAAAAUGCCAAGGCUUGAUGAAUGGAAAGUAGAAAAGCAACAAAUUGAAUUAAAACAAGACUUAAGAAAGUGGAUUAAAUUGGCAGAUAACCCAGAGCCACCAAAUAGUUUUACAUUUAAGUUGAUUUGCUACAAUGUGCUAUCUCAGACAAUAUUGGAUAACCACAAGUAUUUAUACCCCAAAAAUACACACAAGGAAAGAUAUUUAAAAUGGGGCUACAGAUGGGAAGCACUGCAGCAUGAAUUUAGAGAACAUAAUGCUGAUAUUAUUUGUUUGCAAGAAGUGCAGGAAUCACAUUAUGUAGACUACUAUCAGUUUUUAAAAUCAAUAGGCUAUGAAGGCAUUUUUAAACAACGGACCAAUAGCAUUUAUCCCGAUGGCUGUGCGAUUUUUUACAAAACAAAAGCUCUCAACAUGAUUGAAUUCUAUGGUGUGGAAUACUUUCAACCAAAAACAAAUCUGCUUGAUCGACAUAAUGUGGGCCUCAUUGCAAAAUUUUCACCAAAGAACUCCAAUCGUUCUUUUGUGGUUGCAACAACGCAUCUUUUAUUUAAUCCCAAAAGAGAAGAUGUUCGGCUUGCCCAAACGCAAGUUCUAUUGACCGAAAUAAAUCGAAUUUCUUAUGAUUACAAAGAACAAAGAAAUGUUCCCGUUAUUUUAUGUGGCGAUUUUAAUUCCUCACCAACGGUAACGAAUGGAGUCUACCAGUUCAUCACCAAACAAUUAAUUAACUAUCAAAAUGUUUACCAUCUCAGGCAAGGCAAAUCUUGGCUACCGCCUGAACUUGGUGUUACAAAUGAUUGCAGACAUUUAAAUUUGGCUAAGAGUAAUCCGAAUGUACCUUUAUCACGGUCUGAGGAAGAAGAAUUAAUACAAUUACAUCAUUCAAGCAGAAGACACAAUAUUAACACUGCGAUAAAAUCCGCUGAUCUCAGACUAUUUGAAAGUGGUGAAUUAGUUCAUCGCUUCAAUUUUACCUCUGUGUAUCCAACUGUUGAAGGAGUGUCGACUAAUCAAGAUAACUGGGUACUAGUUGAUUAUUUGUUUCAUACAGUGACAAAAGACAAAUUGAUGGGGGAAAUGAAAUGUCUUGGUCGCUAUGAGUUACCUACUGUAGCUGGCUUAAAUUCGAAACACAUCAAAGGUAUUCCUAAUAUCAAAGUUGGAUCGGAUCACUUUCCUUUAGUCGCACAAUUUCGCUUUGAUUUUUGAUUAUUUUGAUACGCUUGUCGUACAUUGUUUUUAUUGUUAUACAAUACUUUUGUCUUGCGCCUUUGGACAAGGAAUACAAAUAAAUAUCUUCAUAAUA